AUGCCCGAGCGGGUGCGGCUGCCGGCCUGCGACCCAGUGUCGCGGAGGGUACUGAAGGUCCCGCAUGCGAUCGUGCCGAGUGAAGAGAGCGGGCAGCGGUACGCGCAUGUGAGCAGCGUGUUCCACCACGGCGAAGGAUACCACCUGGGCCACAAUGCCGCGUGCUGCCGAGCCGAGGAUGGCGUCGGAGCGCAAUGGGAGAUGCGGGAUGACGGCGCGGCACGCGGGUGCGUGGAAAACCGGACCGGCUCGUCGGUGCACGCGUUGAUGCAGUUCUACCCGCGUGGAAGCGUCGGCCGCGGCGGAAGGGGCGCGCAGGCGAGCAGGGCUGCGGCCGACGUCGGGUCAGGCGGCAAAGCGAAGAGUGGCGGGGCGCCCGCGGUUCGCAUCCUGCCAGGCGACCUCCUGGCGCCUGUCCGCGAGCUCUCCGCGACGCCCAUUUUUGAUGGAGUGGGCUGGCGCCGCGUCGUGGAGGCGCACGCCGUCAAGUGCAUGGAGCUGUUGCUGGUGGGCGCCGCUCGACGCGCGGAGCUCGACGACAUGGGCGUCGUCGUCGGCCCAGGGCAUGGACAUGGCGCUGGCGUAAGCCAUGCAGGCAGCUUGUUGCAGGUGCUGAGGUUUGUCACGCGUCGGUGCGGCCGCGCAGGGGCGUCGCUCUCGAGGGACGUUGCAGUGCGCGUGUGCGCCCGAUUCGACGGCCACAUCGGCGCGGAGGCCGGGGCGGAUCCGAUGGUCGACGAGCGCGCAGCGGCGCUUCUCCAACUGCACCGUGCGACGUCGGCGGAGAUCACGAGCGCGUCGCAUCAGCCGGGCGCGGAGGCGGGAGCUGGGUCGGCGGCGAAGGGCGCAGCAGGCGACGCGGGGAACUUGCGGACGGGCAGGGAGGAGGGCGGUGCCAACGCGGGGAGUGGCGCCGCCGCCAGCAGCUCGGAGCCACGUCGAACGGAGGGAGUCAUGGAGGUGGACGCCGGGGCUGACGCGACGGAAAGGAGCGGAGCAGCGCACGUCGCCAGUGGCGCGUCGGAAGAUCCGCGCGCGGCACGGGGGGAGAAUGUGAUGCGGAUUGCCAAGCAGCUGAUAGACGAGCCCACAGCCGACGAGGCCCAAAAAAGCGCUCAGUACGCGCUGGCGUACAAUGAAGAGAUUGCGUGGAAGGUGAGCGUCCAAGGCAGGGCGGGCGAUGGCGUGCGCCUCCGCGAUCGGCCAGCGGAGUUCGACGACAAGCCGGCGGCCAGCCCGGAGGAGGUGGCCGCCGCACCAUGGAGCGCGCCCCUGGCGCCGCGGGCGCGCCCCGGGGCACCGUCGCCAGCAGGACCGCGCCAUCUGGAGGUCCGCCCUCAGCGCCCUCGGCCUCAAGUGCUCCCGGAGCUCCUUCGGCGGGUUCGGCCUCGGGCGCCGGAGGAGGCGGCGCUGCGAAUCCGUUCUCCGCCGACAACCCGUUCGCCGCCGACGUCGCCCGGGGGGGCGGCGACUCGAACCCGUUCGCCGCCGACGGCGAGGAAGGCAGCGCCCUGCGUGCACCGGCCGCGGCGAACUCUGGCGGCGCAGCGCCCAGCCGAGGCGCAGCAGAGCCCGCCGCGGCGGCGCCCCGUGCCAGCGCGCCCGCGGCCGCCCCCGCG